UGAGGGAGAAAGAAGUUGGUAGGACAGGGAAAGAGGAUUACAGAACGCUUUCCUAGGUUUUGCAUUACAGUGAGCAGCAGUUGGGAUCCAAAGACAUCAAAACACGACACCCGGAACUCCCAGAAUUCCUCAGAAGAGAAUUUAGCAGCUCCAGGUGCUGUCUCUGAGUCCUUCUGUCUACCAAGUACCAGGAGGAGGGAGGAUGGGGCAGGUUCUGGAGAAUUUUCAUCCUGACUUCUAUGUCAGAAGAGCUGGCUGCAUGGACUGAAGGACUCCUCUGCAUGGGAAGAGAGCCAUGUCUGCCACCCUGAAGGGCUCAAGAUUCUAGAAUUGGAAUUCAGACUCAGGCCAGAUCAGCUUGGACUUAGAAGAGGCCUCUGGGGAGGGAAGUAAUGAUGCUGCCUGCCCCCAAGUGGCUAUCUCAUCAGCUGGGCCUGGCAGGCCUGGAGCCUAGGCUUUCUUCCAUCCCAUUGCUGGCCUUCCUGGCCCUUGGCACCUGGAUCCUGGUCAAGGGCCUAAUCUGUGUCCAACAAUACUAUAUCAACUGCCAGAGGCUUCAAUGCUUCCCUCAGCCCCCUCUUAAGAACUGGCUCUUUGGCCACCUGGGCUUGGCCCCAGGUACUGAAGAGGGUAUUCGCUAUAUUCAACAGAUCAACCGUCUCUUUGAUGGUGCCCACAUCUGGUGGAUGGGGCCAUUCAUUCCUGUGAUCAGACUCUACCAUCCCAAGUUCAUCUCACCCUUGCUUAAGGCCUCAGCCACUGUUGCACCCAAGGACAAAGUCUUCUAUAGCUUCUUGGAACCAUGGCUGGGGGAUGGGCUGCUGCUGAGUAAAGGAGACAAAUGGAGCUGGCACCGGCGCAUGCUGACCCCAGCUUUUCACUUUGACAUCCUCAAACCUUAUGUGAAGAUCUUCAACCAGAGUGCAGACAUCAUGCAUGCAAAAUGGAGGCGGCUGUGUGCUGAGGGCAGCAAUUACCUGGACAUGUUUGAACACAUCAGCCUCAUGACCCUGGAUAGCCUGCAGAAAUGCAUCUUCAGCCACAACAGCAACUGCCAGCAGAAGCCCAGUGCCUACAUUUCAGCCAUCCUGGAAUUGAGUUCUCUUGUGGUAAAGCGUCACCAUCAGCCACUUCUAUACUGGGAUGCUGUGUACUAUCUUACCAGCCAAGGAAGGCAGUUCUCCCGUGCCUGUCGUCUGGUUCACGAUUUCUCAAAUGCUGUCAUCCAAGAACGACGUCGCAUCCUUGCCCAACAAGGGACUGAGGCUUUCCUCAGGGACAAGGGCAAAAGCAAGACCAUUGACUUCAUAGAUGUUCUCCUACUGGCCAAAGAUGAAGAUGGAAAGGCUCUGUCAGACAAGGACAUCCAGGCAGAAGCUGACACUUUCAUGUUCGGAGGCCAUGACACAACUGCAAGUGGCAUCUGCUGGGUCCUCUACAACCUGGCCCAGCAUCAGGAACACCAGGAGCACUGCCGCCAGGAGAUACAAGAGCUACUGAGAGGUCGUCAGCCCGAGGAGGUUGAAUGGGAUGAUCUGGCCCAGAUGCCCUUCCUCACCAUGUGCAUCAAGGAGAGCCUCCGGUUGCACCCACCAGUUGCCAUGGUCUCUCGCUACUGCACCAAGGACAUCCAACUGCCUGACGGGCGAAUCAUUCCUAAAGGAAACCACUGCAUGGUCAGCAUCAUAUCAACUCACUACAACCCUGCAGUGUGGCCCAACCCUGAGGUUUAUGACCCAUAUCGCUUUGACAUCAACAACUCCAAAAAUAUUCCACCUCUGGCUUUUAUACCCUUCUCAGCUGGACCCAGGAACUGCAUUGGUCAGAACUUUGCCAUGUCUGAGAUGAAGGUUGUGCUGGCCCUCACCCUACUGAGGUUUAGAGUCCUCCCUGAUAAACACCCAGUCCGAAGGAAGACAGAAAUUAUUCUCAGAGCAGAAAGUGGACUGUGCCUGAAGGUGGAGCCACUGUUGGGUCCCUCCAGCUGUGAGUCACAGCUGUCAGAAGCCGCUUAGGAAUGAUGCCUGGAUAUAUCUUUCUGCUUCUGAGCCUGGAAAGGCUGCUUUCUACUAACCAUCCAGCCACCCCUACCAUGAUUGUAGUCCUUCUGAAUAAAACACUUCAA